CGGGGCCCGGCGUGAGGGGGUGUGUCCGCGCACCACGGGGGCGCGCGCCAGCUUCUGACUGGAGGCCCCGGCAGCCUAGGCGCGAGCUGCCCCGAUAAUGGCGGCCUGCAGAGCUCAUGAGAGGGAGAAGCGGCGGCGGCUGCCCUGAGAAACCUCGACCUUGAAGAUGGUGAGUAGCCAGCCAAAGUACGAUCUAAUACGGGAGGUAGGCCGAGGUAGUUACGGUGUUGUGUACGAAGCAGUCAUCAGAAAGACCUCUGCGAGAGUAGCAGUGAAGAAAAUCCGAUGCCACGCACCUGAGAAUGUUGAACUAGCCCUCCGAGAGUUCUGGGCACUGAGCAGUAUCAAGAGCCAACACCCAAAUGUGAUUCACUUGGAAGAGUGCAUUCUACAAAAAGAUGGGAUGGUGCAAAAGAUGUCCCACGGCUCUAAUUCUUCCCUUUAUUUGCAGCUCGUAGAGACGUCAUUAAAAGGAGAAAUUGCCUUUGAUCCCAGAAGCGCCUAUUACUUGUGGUUUGUGAUGGAUUUUUGUGACGGAGGGGACAUGAAUGAGUACCUGUUGUCCAGGAAGCCCAACCGGAAGACUAACACCAGCUUCAUGCUGCAGCUCAGCAGUGCCCUGGCUUUCCUGCACAAGAACCAGAUCAUCCACCGAGACCUGAAGCCCGACAACAUCCUGAUCUCCCAGAGCAGGCUGGGCACCAGCGACUUGGAGCCCACGCUCAAAGUGGCCGACUUCGGCCUGAGUAAAGUUUGCUCGGCAUCCGGACAGAACCCAGAAGAGCCUGUCAGUGUAAACAAGUGCUUCCUCUCCACGGCGUGCGGGACGGACUUCUACAUGGCUCCCGAGGUGUGGGAAGGGCACUACACGGCCAAAGCUGACAUCUUUGCUCUGGGCAUUAUCAUCUGGGCGAUGCUGGAGAGGAUCACCUUCAUAGACACAGAGACAAAGAAGGAGCUCUUGGGGAGCUACGUAAAGCAGGGGACCGAAAUUGUGCCUGUUGGGGAGGCACUUCUGGAAAACCCCAAGAUGGAACUUCUCAUCCCUGUGAAGAAAAAGUCUAUGAAUGGGCGAAUGAAGCAGCUGAUUAAGGAGAUGCUGGCUGCAAACCCUCAGGAUCGGCCAGAUGCUUUUGAACUAGAACUCAGAUUAGUCCAAAUCGCAUUUAAAGACAGCAGCUGGGAAACGUGACCGACUGCGU